UCCCCCGCGCGCAGCCCAGUGGCAGAAGAGGGCGAGGCUGGGAGAAGGGCGAGGGCUGUCGGGGAGGGAGGCAGCCGGUCCUCCCCGCGAGCCUGCGAGAAUGCGGCAGGGGGCCCGGGGCCUGGGGAGCCGCUAACUCCCCGAGCCCCUGAUCCGGGCUUGCACACCCCGCUCGCGGGGCCAAUUUCCUGCCAAGUGCAGCGGAGAAGCGGAGGCGCCAGGAGAAGCGGAGAGAGGGGCGCAGGGGGUGCCCAUCCCCGGACGCCAUCGUCGUCAAUGCCUCUCUGAACAGCCUUUAGGAAGAGUGAGAGAGAGAGAGCGCGCGCCAGGGAGAGGAGAAAAGAAGAUGAGGAUUAUUUGCAGACAGAUUGUCUUGUUGUUUUCUGGAUUCUGGGGACUCGCCAUGGGAGCCUUUCCGAGCAGCGUGCAGAUAGGUGGUCUCUUCAUCCGAAACACAGAUCAGGAGUACACGGCUUUUCGAUUAGCAAUUUUUCUUCAUAACACCAGCCCCAAUGCGUCGGAAGCUCCUUUUAAUUUGGUACCUCAUGUGGACAACAUUGAGACAGCCAACAGUUUUGCUGUGACAAAUGCUUUCUGUUCCCAGUACUCCAGAGGAGUUUUUGCCAUUUUCGGACUCUACGACAAGAGGUCCGUACAUACCCUGACCUCGUUCUGCAGCGCCCUGCACAUCUCCCUCAUCACGCCCAGCUUCCCCACCGAGGGGGAGAGCCAGUUCGUGCUGCAGCUGAGGCCGUCCUUGCGCGGAGCGCUGCUGAGCCUGCUGGACCACUACGAGUGGAGCGGCUUCGUCUUCCUGUACGACACGGACCGCGGGUACUCAAUACUUCAAGCUAUUAUGGAAAAAGCAGGACAAAAUGGUUGGCAUGUCAGCGCUAUAUGUGUGGAAAAUUUUAAUGAUGUCAACUAUAGGCAACUUCUAGAAGAACUCGACAGACGACAAGAGAAGAAAUUUGUAAUAGACUGUGAGAUAGAGAGGCUUCAAAACAUAUUAGAACAGCCAAACCCACAUAUACACUUCAAGUCAGCAAACAAAUGUGAAAUCUCAAGGAGCCAUGCUCGGCAUUUCGGAAGAGGCAUCCCUGCCCAUCCUGGGACAACCACAGCCCGGGAGCCAAGGCAGAAGUACACAUCUGCUCUGACUUAUGAUGGAGUCCUUGUGAUGGCCGAAACGUUCCGCAAUCUUAGAAGACAGAAAAUUGAUAUUUCCAGGAGAGGAAAUGCUGGGGAUUGUCUUGCAAAUCCUGCCGCUCCCUGGGGCCAGGGGAUUGACAUGGAGAGGACGCUCAAACAGGUUCGCAUUCAAGGACUGACAGGGAAUGUUCAGUUUGACCACUAUGGACGUAGGGUCAAUUAUACAAUGGAUGUGUUUGAGCUGAAGAGCACGGGUCCCAGAAAGGUUGGUUACUGGAAUGAUAUGGAUAAAUUGGUCUUGAUUCAAGAUGUACCCACUCUUGGCAAUGACACGGCAGCUAUUGAGAACAGAACAGUGGUUGUAACCACCAUUAUGGAAUCCCCAUAUGUUAUGUACAAGAAAAAUCACGAAAUGUUUGAAGGAAAUGACAAAUAUGAAGGAUACUGUGUAGAUUUGGCAUCUGAAAUUGCAAAACAUAUUGGUAUCAAGUAUAAAAUUGCCAUUGUCCCUGAUGGAAAGUACGGAGCAAGGGAUGCAGACACAAAAAUCUGGAAUGGGAUGGUAGGCGAACUUGUUUAUGGGGUAGAUAUUUUGUCAGAUGUGCAUUUUAAAACCUCACCAACAGAAGAAUUACAUUACAAGACAGAUGUUCAAAUGUGGCUUAUGCUGCAGUUGAAAUGGCAAUCUACAGAGGCUGCUAGACCUGAUUACAGAAAUAACAUCUGUAGUCAGAGAGUUGUAGAAAACAAGCAGUUUUCACAUGCAGAGAAAUCAACAAAUGGUGGUACGACAAAGGAGAAUGUGGCAGCGGGGGAGGUGACUCCAAGAACUCCUGUAAACCUUGCCGUUUUGAAACUCAGUGAGGCAGGCGUCUUAGACAAGCUGAAAAACAAGUGGUGGUACGAUAAAGGUGAAUGUGGACCCAAGGACUCCGGAAGCAAGGACAAGACGAGCGCCUUGAGCCUGAGCAACGUAGCAGGCGUCUUCUACAUUCUGGUUGGCGGCUUGGGCUUGGCUAUGCUGGUGGCUUUGAUAGAGUUCUGUUACAAGUCCAGGGCAGAGGCGAAGAGAAUGAAGCUGACCUUUUCUGAAGCCAUAAGAAACAAAGCCAGAUUAUCCAUCACUGGGAGUGUAGGUGAGAACGGCCGCGUUCUGACGCCCGACUGCCCCAAGGCUGUACACACGGGAACUACAAUUAGACAAAGUUCAGGAUUGGCUGUCAUUGCAUCGGACCUACCAUAAAAACCAAAAACAUAAUCGAGUGCCUUAAUCAAACUGUGUUGGUGACCGACGGGAGCGCGGCCCGGGGCGCGCCGAGCAGGUGCCCUGGACCAGGCCUCUGGCCAGAGCGGGCUGUGCGUCCUGAUGCUCCCCGUUCCGCAGCAGCAACGCGUGCAUGAGCUCAGCUCGGAAACCCAAACUCAGAUUUUCUAUCAGGAAAACUCACAAUUUAGGUUUUUUCGGGGAGCGGGAGGGUGGGGAGGGAGCUGGGAUGGGCGUAUUAACAGCAACAGAUUUCACUCGAGUGGACUUAAAAACUAAUCAGACUUGCGAGUUAGCGCAUCAAACUGUGAAGUUCUUGCUCAGAAAGGCCUGUCUUCACCGCAAGGGAUAAACUAGUUAGAGAAGUCAGUGAACAUGCUAACGUGCGUCUCCAGAACACCCACGUGGUCCGUGGGAGACUCCAGCCGAGAAAACACAGCACGAAACUGUGAUCAGAAAAUAAUCAACACUCAUGUAAAUCCUGUGAAAAAAUUUAAAGGAUGUAUUUACACUUACUUUGGAGAAAACAAAUACUGAAACAUGCUUGCUUUUUAACUGACGUAAAUUCAGUAGAGGACAACACAAUUCUUUUUUCUAACCAUCUUAGGGAAAAAUACAUUGCAAUAAUUGAUAUGCCAUCACUGUAAUAAACUUUAGAGACUUUUUUUUUUUAUAAAAGUCGGUCAUCUCCUUGUUGCAGUAACCUACGCUCUGUCACAUAGUCGGUGUCCCCAGAUCGCGUUUGUCUCACUACCGGAACACAAACACAAACGAAGACAGCGUUACCGUGAAAUCAUCAGUCUGCAAUGUAGAAUCAAAAGAGACUACGGGUCACUCAUGGUAUCGAUCUUAUUUAUAAUCUUGUUCUGUGUACAAAAUUGUGGUUUUUGUACCCACCAAAAGAAUAAAACUGCGGACGUUCUUACAAUAUCUACAGAGCUUAAAGUUUGUUUUUAUCAUUAAUAAAAGUUAUUUGAGAAAUUACAAGACUAUGUAGGAGGGAUUAUAGAAGUCAAGUAUGGGCCAUAUUAUAGCUCUUAUUUCUGCAUAAUAAGCUUACCCACUUUUACAGGUGUUUGCCUGUGAGCAGGUGAAAUCGUCACAGAUGACGUGUUUGAAUUGGGGAACGAUCUGUUGUCAUUAACAGCAACAUACCUGUAAUCGCGUGUUGAAAUUUUACUUGACUGUAUUUUGCUGCAUAAAAUAAUGUGUCUCUUGGGUUUCUCCCCGCCCCCAUUCCCCUUGUUCCGUUUAAAUCACUUGAAGGCACGAAUAGUAAUUUGUGGUAGACAAAAAAAAGAAGAAGAAGAAGAAGAAUUUGUCCUUGUUUUUUCAACUGGAAAUGGUGAAGAAAAUUAUACCCGUGUUUAUUUCCCAAACCCACCUUCUGUUAUGUAUGGAUUAAAUUAACGUGGCUCAAAGGAAGGUUUGGAUCCUUUGAAAUAAUAAAUGAGUACCAGAGUACAGCUAGCCAUCACACGACGUAGAGAUCUUGGCAGAAAGCACAGGUUAGGAUGAUCUUGGAAGUGUGGCCUUGAAGGACGAGCUCCGCUUCCACAGGUGGAGAAGCCGUGGAGCGCCUUCGGGGCGAGCCGGGGUCCCGCGCGGUGCGUGUCCAGGAAGAUAAAGCUGGAGAAGGUGAAGGACCCAGCCGCUUGCUUCCAUCUGGAGAUUUCCAUCCCCCCGCGAUCUCUGCGCUACAGUAAAGAGCCACCUCUAAAAGCGCAGGUCCCGUGACCCACGCACGGUCCCCUCAGGAAAAGGCCCAAGCUCUGAAGCAGAGCAAGUGAGUCCCUCCGUGACCUGGUCCCUACUGCUCCCUCCCGUGACCUGCGUCCCGGGCCCAGCCUCCCCCGCCCGCACACGGGACGCGGCAUCUACUCUCUUGGGCUGUCACUUUCCCCGGUCUCUUUCCCCGACUAACGUGGACUCAUCCUUCAGCACCAGAUGGAACCGUACCUGCCCCAGGAAGGCCUCCACGCCAACCCGCCCGCCCGCUGCCCCCGGGACCGGGUCAGAGGCCCUUUCCGUGUUUUGUCCCCAUCAGGGCGUCUGCCGUGUACCGCACUGUACUUGCCUGUGUGCUUGUCUGUAUAACGUCAGACUGUAAGCUCCUUGAGGGCAGGAUGUCUCUCCCGUUCACAGUUGUAUCCCCAGCACCCAGCACAGUGCCUGGCGUAUUGUAGGUGCUUAAUAAA